CAGCAUUUCACUCUGGAUGAUACAGUGUGGACAUAUUACACCUACAGCAGCGAUGUGACUAUAUGAAGAACAGCAAAGGAUUGUAUUAGUGUGAAUCUGUAGGAGGAGAUAAAGAGAUAAAAAUGGCGGCUGCAAGAAACAAGUUCAUACUCUUUGGACCCUAUAACAGAGAAGAACGCCAUGAGCCUGGCUCUGCGGUCACUCUCUCCUGUCACCUGUCACCUGAAAUCAGUGCUGUUGCCAUGGAGAUCAGGUGGUUUAUGGAGACGGACUGUGUUUGUCUCUAUAAGAACAUGCAGGUGACAGAGGGGAGGGGCUACGAGGGCAGAGUGAGUCUGUUCACUCAGGAGCUGCAGAGAGGAAAUGUCUCCUUACAGAUCAGAGACUUCAGAUGGUCAGAUGAAGGAGAUUAUCUGUGUCAGGUCAGCAAUGGAGACACAACAGAGGAGUGUGCAGUAAGAGUGUCAUCAUGGGAUAAACCAUAUUUCUGUGUCUGGCAGAGUAACAGAGAAUGGACAGAAGAGGAGAGAAAGAAAAUGAAGGAAUCUGUUCUGCUGACCGAGUUCUCAGAAGAAGCCAAACUUCAUAAAGAUAAAGAGAGCAUUUCAAUGGAGAGAAACGUACAGCUGAUGGAGAAAGAAAAACAAAUUCAAGAGGAAGAAAAACUUCUGACAAUAAACACAGAGACACUUCAGAUGAAGGAAAAGAUGCUGGAAGAGAAGGACAGACUUCUCAGAGAGACAAAAGAAAAACUGGAACAAAUGACCAAAGAGACUCAGAUACAGCUUAAAGAUAAAGACUCACAACUGGAGAAUCAGAUCAAACUGCUGAGAGAGAAAGAGACUCUACUGGAGGUCACAGUGAAAGAGGUGGAAAGCAGUAAAAAGCAGCUGGAGACUCUGAGAAAGGAACUGCAGGACAAGAGCAGCAAACUACAGGAGAUGAUGAUCCUACUGGAACAACAGAAAACUGAACUCACCCGUCAGCAGAAAGAGUUAGAAGAGAAAGAACAACAACUGAAACACACAGCACAACAGAAUUCAGACCUACAGACUGAAACUGAAACACUGACAACUCUCAUUUCAUCACAGACGACUGAUUUAACUGUGAAGGCUAAACAACUUGAAGAGAAAACAACCAUUAUAACAGAGAGAGACACACAGCUAAUGGAGAGAGAAAAACAAGUGGAGGAGAAAGACAGACUUCUGACAGAAAAGACAAUAACACUUCAGAUGAAGGAGAAGAUUUUAGAAGAGAAAGACAAACUUCUCACAGAGACACAAGAUGAACUGAGACAAACAACAAAGACAUUAGAGAAUCAUAGAAUACAAAUGGAAGAAAUGGAGAAAAGACUUGAGGAGAAAGAAGAAGAUUUAAAAGAGAGAAAACAAGAACUGAAAGAUAACACGAUUAUAAAAGAACAUUUAGAGAUUAUUGAUAAGAGAGAUUCAUUAUUAAAGGAAACUAAUGAAAGAUUAGAAAGUGUUAAUAAACAGCUUAAAGAUAAAGACUCACAACUGGAGAAUCAGAUCAAACUGCUGAGAGAGAAAGAGACUCUACUGGAGAUCACAGUGAAAGAGGUGGAAAGCAGUAAAAAGCAGCUGGAGACUCUGAGAAAGGAACUGCAGGACAAGAGCAGCAAACUACAGGAGAUGAUGAUCCUACUGGAACAACAGAAAACUGAAGUGAGUGAAAAAGACAAACAGCUUGAAGAGAAGGAGAGACUUUUAAGUGAGAGAAACACACAGCUAAUGGAAAGAGACAAGCAGGUUGAGGAGAAAGACAGACUUCUAGAGGAGAGAAACAAGCAGCUGCAGGAGAGAACAGAUCCAGACUCAGCAGCUCCAGCCAGGAGGAGACAUAGCAAAGACAAACCUCCAAUCAUGAGUGGAGAGACUCCAGAAUCUGCAGCACCACUCAGGAGAAGAAACAGUCUGCAGGGAAGUCCUCCACAUAUGAGUGGAGAAUCCUCUAGUUCAGCCUCUCCAGAGUCAGUUCCUGUAGCAGAGCUCAGGCUGGUGCUGCUGGGGAGGACUGGAUGUGGGAAGAGAGCAGCAGGAAACACCAUCCUGGGCAGAGAGGAGAGGAGCCAGGCUGGAGCGUCUGUAGUGAGGCAGCAGAGUGAGAGCAGACAGGGGGAGGUGGCUGGGAGGCAGGUGACUGUGGUGGACACUCCUGACUGGUUCUGUCCUGGACUCUCUCUGGAGGAGCUGAGACAGGACGUGGGACUCUGUGUCCAUCUGUCUACCCCAGGACCCCACGCCUUCCUCCUAGUCAUACCAGUGAAGCAGUCUACAGGAGAGGAGAGAAGCAUGCUGGAGAAAAUGGAGGAGAUCUUUGGAGAGAGAUGUUGGAGGAACACCAUGAUCCUUUUCACUGUUACUGAUGAAGUCCAAGAGAAGAACAUUGAAGAGUUUAUCCAGUCAGGAAACCAGGAGGUCCAGAGACUUGUAGAGAAAUGUGGGAACAGGUUUCACUGUCUCAGCAUUAAGGAGAGUGGAGAUGGUUCUCAAACCUCAGAGCUGCUGGAGAAGAUAGAGAAGAUGGUGGAAGGAAACAGAGAGAAAUUCUACAGCAGUGAGAUCUACCUGGAGACACAAUCUCAGAUCAGAGAGAUAGAGAAAAGAAUUGUGAGAGAAAGAGAGGAGAUGAGAGAGAGACAAGAAAGAGAAACUAGAGACAGACUGGAGAGAUGUGUACAGAAGACUUUAAUUAAAUUUACAGAAUCAACUGCUGACAUUCAUAGAAAGAUAACUCAGCAUGAAGAGCGAAUAACUAAACUAGAGGGAAUGUUAAAAGAGGAAAGAGACGAGAAGAAAAAGGUAGAGCUGGAGAGAGAGGUGGAGAGAGAGAUUCAGCAGAGAAAUGAGGUUCAGUCGGAGCUGGAGAGACUGAAAGAAGAGAUUGAAAAGGAGAGGAGAGAGAUAGAGGAGAGACACAGACAGGAGAUGGAGGAGAUCAGGGAGACGUAUGAAGGAGAAGUUAAGAUGGAGGCAGAGAGAAACCUCAUGAAGAUCAUCCUGCCUGAACUCCAGCAGAGAAUCUGGGAACUCAUAAUAAAGAAACAGAAAGAGUUUGAUUGUAGGAUGGAUGAAAAGGAGAGAGAGAUAGAAACACUGAGACGGAGACUCAGAGAGGGAGUCAGAGAGGGAAUCACAGCAGGAGGAGAUGAUCAUCAGGAGGACGCUAGAGGACUGUUUAGCAGGUUAACACAGCGGCUGCUUUGGGGAACACUCAGUGAUCCAGUUAUAAUCACUCGGUCAGAUCAGUGAGAGCUCCUGACUG